GCGAAGGAAAAUAAACCAAUCACACUCACUUCCUUCUCAAACACACACACACACACACACACACACACAAACCAAGACACUUCGACACACAGAGACUGGAUGCGUGGACAGCGGGGACACGGUGACUCUUUAUUUUAAGAGCUCAGAGGAGUAAACACACAAUGAAAUGCCACAGGAUUUUCCCUGCUUCUCUGCUGCUGCUCUGGACGCUGACAGGAUCUGUCACUUGUAAUGACGGCUCGCCAGCAGAGAUGGUAGUGAAAACUCUCUCUGAUGGGAUUGAGCUCUCUUGUGCACAUGAAAUACGAGACAAAAAUGGUACUGCUCUCAAAUUCCUAAGAUUGCCAUACAGCGAUGAUAACACAGGAGAGUACUCAUGUGUGGAUAGCGAUGGGAAUGACGAGGAUCCAAAAAUCUAUGUGAAAUUCCGCAGCUGUGACAACUGUGUAGAGCUCGACCUGGCUUCAGUCAUGGGAAUAGCUGUAGGAAACGUGGCGGCUACCAUUGUGAUAGGAGUGGCUGUCUAUCUCCUUACAUCUCAGAACGGGAUCAGUCCAACCACCUCUCACAAGAAAAGCUCUGAUAGACAGCAUCUUGUUCCCAACGAAGUGAGCAGCAGAGCCCCCAACGACCAUUACCAGCCUCUGAAACACAAAGGCGGACAGAGGGACACGUAUGAUGUACUGAGCAACAGAAGAUAGAGGGGUGGCGGUGGCUCGCUGCCGGGGGCCCCCAGCUGAAAGCACUCCCUCCAUGUGUGCUUGCAAACACCUGCAGGAGGGACAAGUCUAUUACCUGUGAUGGAUGUUGCUCAUCCCGAAUGCAUGUUCUCUGUAUGAUUCUGUAUUAGCUUAGCAUCUUAGCAUAGACCGCUCACAUAACGAGUGACUUGUGAGGUGGUUGCUGUAUGUCAUAGUUCAGCAUUUAUUAGCCAUCUUAUUUUGUAGCAUUUUAAUCGACCAGUGUUAUAUUUUCCUUCAUUAUGUCUGUUUCCUGUAACUGUCUGGAAGUGCGGCUGCUGCGACAGCCACCUCAUAUAAUGACUUAAAGAUCAGCUUUUUAUUUUGACAAACAAUACUGACAUAAUCAUGAUGUAAGACCAAAAACUGAAGAAUAAAGAUUGUCCUGUCUUGUCAUGUUACUGCCAGUGGUGGAGAGCAACUAAGUGCUGUACAUUUAUUCAAGUACUAUAUAUUAGUACAUUAUACUUCUACUUCAGUAGUUAGAUAUUGUGCUUUGUAAUACCCAACAUUUAUUUGGCAACCAUGUGAUUAAGACUGUUAAUAAAAUAUCUGGAUUCAACCAUC